AUGGCCGCCACCGACGUCUCGUCUUCGGCGCCGCUUCCGUCGCCCCCCGCGUCUGUCCCACACGCCGGCGCUACCGCCACAACGACUACUGACAGCGGCUUCGAAGCCGUUUUCCGCGCUCUCGCAACGCGCGCGCGGGUGUUCCCACUGCUCAGCGCCCACGUCGCCACUCUCUCGACUCCCCGUGACUUUUACGACCAAUUGCUGCACAACAUUCGCCACGCAGAGCGCCGCGUGUCGAUUGCGUCGCUCUACAUCGGUACGGGUCCCUACGAGCGCGCAAUCGUCGAAGCCCUCGCCCGUCGCCUUCGAGACCGACCCGAGCUGCAGGUCCACCUCGUGCUCGACUACGCGCGAGGUCAGCGGAGUUGUGGCGCUUCAGCCGCGACGUCCGUGACGCUCUUGGCGCCUCUGCUCGCGGCGUUUCCACGCAAUGUCGAGCUCUCGCUCUUCCGCGUGCCCCAACUCUCGUCCCUCGCUGCGACUCUGUUGUCGUCGCCGCUCAACGAGACGCUCGGGGUCUGUCACGCCAAAGUGUACCUCGUGGACGACACGCUCGUGCUCAGUGGCGCCAACUUGAGCGCCGACUACUUUACCGACCGGCAAGACCGGUACGUCCAGCUCCGUCACUGUGGUGAGCUCGGUCAGUUUUAUCACGACUUUGUCGAGGUUGUCAAAACGUUCGCUUACCAAGUGAAGCUCGAGCCGUCGUCGACUAGAGGAAGAGGACGAGGAGGUACUGGACAAGGAUCGAGUCAAAGCGAUCUUCCCUAUCGCCUCGUGCCACCGGAACUCGCGUACGACUCGGACGAAGCAAAAGGGGCUCUGAAACAGGCACUGGAACAGUUAGUGGACCCGGCCAAGCACGUGUCGAAGACCGUCGACCCAGCAUCGGUCGUAGACACCUGGGCGAUCCCGACGUUGCAGUUCACUCCUGUCGCUAUGGACCAUGACAGGCAAGUCGUGAGUACGUUGGUGGAGACUUUACCGCGUGGCUCGCAGCUGCAGAUUGCCUCGGGGUAUCUGAAUUUCCCGCCAUUUCUCAAGGACUUGCUCGUGACGUGUGAAGCUCACUUGGACGUGAUCUCUGCGGCUCCUCAAGCCAAUGGCUUUUAUAAUGCACGAGGCGUGAAAGGCGCUCUGCCCAUGGCGUAUUCGCUCAUUGAGCAAGACUUUUUCGAGCAAACGCUUGGCCGCAACUUCCCGACAGUGCUGCGCGAAUACAAUCGUCCUGGCUGGACUUUUCACGGCAAGGGUAUGUGGUGGAGACCGCGCCUGCGCAACUCGCACGCGACUGGAUUCGGCUUACCUCAACUCACGGUCGUGGGGAGCUCAAACUUCGGCCAGCGGUCGUAUGGCUGCGAUUUGGAGUCGAACUUGGUCAUGUUCACGCGAAACCCCGUGCUUCAGCGCCAAUUACAAAAUGAAUACGACGCUCUAACGCGGGAUGCAGAGGUGGUGACCGAGCACCUCUGGCGACGGCCCGAGCGCAUGCUACAGAGUCUAUUCAGCUGGAAGGAUGGCUAUUGGAUCCGACCCGUGUCCAAGUUCAUUGCCGCGUACCUCUAA